AUGGCCUGGAAGAGCAGCGGCUUCGUGGGAGUGCACUGGUGUCUUCUAGUGAUUUUUUCCCUGCCACAUGUGAUCAUUAGUUCUGUACUAACUGUGAACAAUAAAACUGAGAACUAUUUUCUGGACACUAGGAUUGGCUUCAACGAAUCUUUAAAAUGUGCCGUUCAAAACCACACCAGAGAUGAAGAACUUCUCUGGUACAGAGAAGAAGGGGAAGUGGAUUUGAAAUCUGAGAACAAGAUCAACUCCAGCUCGGUCUGUGUCUCUUCCAUCACUGAAGAUGACAAUGGCGUCACCUUUACCUGCAAGCUUCAGAGUAACCAGUCGAUGUCCAUCUCAGUGAUGCUGAAUGUCAUUUUUUCUCCUCUCCUAAGUGGAGAUGACUUGUACACAACUGAGGAAGGCAAUGGAGUGCAACUGGUUUGCAUGGUGAAGUCCAAUCCCCAAGCUCAGAUGACAUGGUACAGAAAUGGCAGCAUCCUGAAUUUAGAGAAAAACCAUCACCAUGUUCAACAGACGAGUGAUUCUCUUCAGCUGACAAUCAGCAGAGUUAAGAAAUCUGACAAUGGAACCUAUACCUGUGUUGCACAGUCACCUCUGAAUACAACAAAUACCAAGGACUUUUACCUCAUUGUUAAAGAUAGAGGUUUGACAAUACCUAAUGAACCUAUUAUUGCUGCAUGUGUUGUGGUCUUUCUGACAAUCUGCUUUGGAGUCAUUGCGAGAAGAAAAAAAAUAAUGAAGCUGUGCAUAAAGGAAAAAUCUCCUCAAAGAGAAACAGCUCUGUAA